AUGGAUUCUGGAUCGGUGGUUGAACCAGAGAGGUACGAAGAGCAGCACGUCCACCAAGUUUACGAACAAAUCGCAUCGCACUUCUCGUCGACCCGAUACAAACCCUGGCCAAUCGUCAAGUCGUUUCUCCAAUCUCUCCCCCCUGGUGCAGUUGGCCUUGACGUUGGGUGUGGCAAUGGCAAAUAUCUUCCCGUCAAUCGCGAUGUAUUCAUAGUCGGUAGUGACCGCUCCACAAAUCUGGUGAAGAUCGCAUCCCAGCAUCAACCGCAUGCUGCUGUUGUAGCUGACACCCUGGCCCUCCCACACCAGGCUGGGAGGUUCGACUUUGCAAUCAGUAUAGCUGUGGUGCACCAUCUGUCUACCCCUGAGCGAAGAAGGGAAGCCAUCAGGGAAAUCCUCGAAUGUUUGAAUGAAGGGGGAAGAGCAUUGAUAUAUGCAUGGGCCUUGGAACAGAAAGAUAGUAGACGAGGAUGGGAUGAAGGUCAUGAACAAGAUGUAAUGGUGCCGUGGGUGAUGAAAACCGGAAAAAAGAACCCAAACGAGGAUGGCUCAACAGAGAAGACGUUCCAAAGAUAUUACCAUUUAUACCGGUCCGGAGAACUAGAGGCAGACAUCGUUGCUGCUGGAGGAAAGGUGGUGGAGUCGGGGUACGAAAAAGACAAUUGGUGGGCGAUUGGUCAAAGGGACCCUGGGAAUAAGCCUUGA